AUGUUUAUUACUAUUACCGCACAUUGGUGUAUUGUCUCGUACCGAUUAUUUCAGGCCGUGGAAGCUAGGGAAGGCCCAAUGAUUUUCUACGUGGAUUGGAAGCAGGCAACUAUGGUUGCGUAUAUGUCCGUCUUCACCGCCUCAAUUAUCAUUGGGGAUGCUGUUAUCAUAUAUCGACUUUGGGUCGUCUGGAAUUACAACAAAAUCGUGGUUAUAAUUCCACUGCUCAGUCUGAUAGGUCUUACUGUUACGGGGGUAGGCUUGGUUUGCCAGUUCCCGAAGAUGAAGAUAGGAGAGGGGAUCUACGAAUCGAAGGCCGGUAUUUGGAUUAAUAGCGAUUGCAUAUUCACUUUCUGCAUCAACGUCUAUAGCUCAGGUUAUUCAGUUUCUUCUGGUCGAUGGCCGUCGUUGAUAAAAUUCUUAGUUUUAAUUGCCUACCGCAUUUGGAAGAUUAAUAGAUCCUCAAGGAAAAUCGGAGGGACCAGUCUCAACGCGGUUGUGGCAAUCGUGAUCGAAGCGGCUAUGCUCUACACAGUGUGGACACUCAUAUUCUUUGUUACCUAUCAAAUGCAUCAAUCCGUGUUCUUUUUCAUCGUAAACGGAUGGCCCGCAAUAUCAGGGAUCACCUGCAUGAUGAUCAAUGUUCGCGCGGGGAUGGGAUGGGCGCAGGAAGCGGCUGGGAGUAUGUCGACGGGCAUCACUGCAAAGACGACGUCUAAGCAGUCUGGGGCACUUGUCGGGAGCACUGGAGAGAUCGAUAAUAUGUAUGUCAUGCACCCCGUUGUAGUCGACGAUUGGAAAAAGGGGGACUGGGAAAGGCAGGAUCGCGUAGAGAGUGGAAUCAACUCAGCGGGUAUUUCAAUCAAGAUGGAACGUACAGUACAUACCACAUAG